AUGAAACAAAAACCAACGGUGGCUGACCUCAUCAAAGACUCCGACGACCUGUCCCUCAAGAUCUUAUCCAUGUACCACCACAAGGCGUACCUUCCUCACAACAAGAGAGUUUCCAACAUUGCCUGGCGUAUCCAGAACCAGAAGGCCAUGAAACGUCAUCAAGGUGGCGUGGAGAAGCCUGCUUUCAAGAGAAAGUCCAUCGACAUGGACGACCAUUUCGACUACGUGGCCCACAUCCGCCGUAUCUCCCAGGAGGAGACCUCGGAAGAGCCCAAAAACGAGCCCAGACUGAUCCCAUCGGCCACACAACAGCAUCACCAUAAUCAGCAUCAUCACCAGCCUUCCCCACAAAAGCAGGAGGCCACUCCUCUGUCCCUGUUGGAGAAACAAAGCAACGCAAACCCCAGCCUGUUCCUUUCCUCGUACAUCAGCCUGCUCGAGCUGACCCUCAAGCAAGACUACAAGUUGACGCAGCCCCGGGGCAAAGACUCGUCCAAGGAGUCGCCUCUGCAAAACUACACGUCCAGUUCUGCCCAGGAAACGACGCUCACUCCGGCGCCGCUGGUGAACUCAAAAAACGACUCCUCCUCCUCCUCCAAACCAGCGUUGCAGUGCACAAACUGCCACACGAGAACCACCCCGCUCUGGCGUAAAACCGACCAGGGCGAUCUCCUCUGCAACGCCUGCGGCUUGUUUUACAAACUCCACGGCAUCCUCCGCCCGCUCAACAACUCAGCUUCUGCCCAGCACGGCCAGCCCCUGCCUGUGUCCCGUUACGGAGCCGCCUACGAUGCUCGCUACAACGGUGGGCGCAAAUCCCUCGAUAACGUCAUUUCCAACAACAACACCGGUCUUUUCAAGCAGCUCAGCGCCAAGCCGCUGGACGCGUUUGCCCUGCCUUACGACGACCACUUGCAGACUUUCCUAGACUUCCAGCAACCGCACGACGGGCAGAACAACAUCGAGAAUGGCCCGGACGAGAUGGACAAGCUUCUCAACAUGAACCUUUUCCAGCUGGACUCCUUCACAAUUGGUGCUGACGACUCGCCGCUGCGCCAUGUCGAUUUUGCAUCGAUGGACACGGACGCUGGCGCCGGGUUGGCGCAUCUUGAGGCGACGGACGAGAUACUUUUGGACGAGCCCGCGAGGAACGGAACGUGGAACUGGUUGGACUUUGGGCCCGCCGCCACCACGGGUGGAGAUUAA